GUUAAACUCCUCGUUUCCAGUUCCAACUCUUCACCUUUUCUCUCUCUCAGCCCCCAAUGAAACGGAACAGAUGACGACGACGGCUAUCGCCGCAGCGAUUAUCGUUCUCAUUGGCGGCUUCUUCUUCUUCUUCUUGCCUAGUCAAGUAAAUGCCCUUGGUGGCACCGCACCCACCAUCGCCGUUAUCUUUGGUGAAAACGUUUCAGUCUGCGGCGUUACAACUGGACCACAAUCCAGGGGGGGAAUCAAAUGCUGGCGAGGAGGCCGUGUGUUUGAUGUGUUUCCCGGCGUCUCCUUCGAUUACAUAGCCGGUGGUCGGGAUGUCUUCUGUGGUAUAGUCUCCGGGGGAUUCAGCCUCCUCUGCUUUAACUCCACAUUUGGUCCCAAAAGAAUAUACCGAAACCCAUCGGUUCUCUUACAGGAUCUCACAAUCGGCGAUGGACAAAUUUGUGCUCUCACCAACGAAACCCGAAAUGCCAGGUGCUGGCGAGGGACCGGAAUUCCGCCCACGUUUACGUCUGAAUCUGAUGGGUUCCUUUCUUUAUCAUCUGGAUUAGGAUUUUCUUGCGGAGUUUUGAUGAAAUCCAAAAGGGUGGUUUGUAUGGGUAGGGAUAAAGGAUUGGCUAGUUCAAUCGAAAAUGAAUUCUUGAACUAUUCAAUGCUCAACAUAAAAGCCGGAGGUAAUUUCGCCUGCGGGUUGAAUGUUACCGGUUUCAUUGUCUGCGGAGGAAGAAAUGAAUCUAGGCAAUUGAAUAUUCCUCUUCAUAAUUCAGCAGUUCAGUACUCAUCUUUAGCCCUCGGCAACAGCCAUGGAUGCGCUAUAAGAAACUCAAAUGGGUCAGUAGUUUGUUGGGGGAAUCUUGAAAAUGGUGAAGACCCUCCUCCUCCUCCUCCCAAUAUUUCUUUUGAAUCGAUAGUUGCGGGUUUUAAUUUCACAUGUGGAUUAGUGACGAGCAAUUUGUCAGUAAUCUGCUGGGGACCCGGCUGGCCUAAUCUUAUUCAUCCCGCCGGAAUCGCUCUUCCACUGCCUCAGAUUCUUCCAGGCCCUUGUAUUCAGUCCAAUUGUAGCGAAUGCGGUAUAUAUCCUCAAUCUCAGUUACUUUGCCAUGGUUAUGGCAACAUCUGCAAAACCUGUAACCUUCAAAUUCCUCUUUCCCCGCCGGCGGCGGCUCCUCCAAAUUCGAAUCCCGGCGGUAACCCUGUCCCACGUUGGGCACCGUCCAAGCGUCUGAAAAUUGCGAUGUUGAUUUUUGCAAUUGUUGGAUCAAUUGGGUUAGCUUCAGGCUUUUGCGCUUUACUAUACUGUCUAUGGACCGGUGCUUGCUGUGGCCGUAAAAAGAUUCACAAUUCAGUUCAGCCUACGAUUGCCGGAUCAAAUUCGAAAAACGGCCGGACUUCUAACAAGCUGUUCUCACGGUCGCCGCCGACGACCCUUCUGCGACAGGGAUCGAGGAUUAUGAGACGACAGAGGAGCGGCCCAUCGUCCAAGCACCCGGACAGAGCGGAGGAAUUCUCAUUCCGGGACUUGGCUGCCGCAACGGACAACUUCUCGCCGGAAAACAGAAUCGGGGCGGGAAGCUUCGGGGUGGUAUACCGGGGGAAAUUAUGGGACGGAAGAGAAGUCGCAAUCAAGAGAGGAGGGGAAACAGAGGAAAAGGCAAAGAAGUUUCAGGAAAAAGAGAGUGCCUUCGAGUCAGAAUUAGCGUUCUUAUCGAGGCUUCAUCACAAACACCUGGUGGGCCUUGUCGGGUAUUGCGAUGAGAGAGACGAAAUGCUUUUGGUAUAUGAUUACAUGAAGAACAGAGCUCUUUACGACCAUUUACACGACAAAAGCAACGUCGAGAAAGACAGCAGCGUACUGAAUACGUGGAAAAUAAGGAUCAAGAUCUCCCUAGACGCAGCCCGCGGAAUCGAAUACCUUCACGACUACGCAGUCCCGCCCAUAAUUCAUCGCGACAUAAAAUCGUCUAAUAUCCUCCUGGAUUCCAAUUGGACUGCUAGAGUAUCGGACUUGGGGUUGUCCCUGUUGGAUCCGGAAACGGAGGAGCGAGAAUGUUUCCCGCCUGCAAAGGCGGCGGGGACGAUCGGAUAUAUCGACCCGGAGUACUACAGCUUGAACUUGUUGACUGCAAAGAGCGACGUUUACGGGCUGGGGGUGGUGAUGCUUGAACUGUUGACUGGAAAGAGGGCGAUAUUCAAGAAGGAGGGGGGCGAAGAAUAUCAACCGAUUAGCUUGGUUGACUUUGCGGCACCGGCGAUUAGGUCGGGAGAUUUGUGGAAGAUAAUGGAUAAGAGAGUGGGGGCGCCGGAAGGGGGGAAUGAGGCGGAGGCGGUGGAGCUGAUGGCGCAUAUAGCGGCUAAGUGCGUGAGUUUGGAGGGAAAAGAUAGGCCGACGAUGGGGGAUAUUGUGGCCAACAUGGAGAGGGCAUUGGGUAUGUUGGAUGAUACUAGUUCUAGUCAUGGGAGUAUAUCUAGUGGUCCAUUAUCCAUGGCUUCAGAUCAUCAUCAUUAUUAUCUUUAAUUUUGUUUUUCA